AUGGUCAGUGGGCGCUCGCCCAUUCAGCGCCUCAACUCCCCACACGGCCUCUCUGGGCGACCGCUCAUAGACAUCGCCGAUGAAUACGACCUUCGUUGUCAGCAAUUUGGCAAUGGACAGGGUGCAUGCGAUGUGCUGUGGACAGGAUAUUUCUACGAUUCGCUUUGGCACUUGGCUGGUAUACUUCACACCUACCUAAUCGAGCAGAACAACCCCCUUUCAUCACUCGGGUCUCCUGAGUCGCUUGAGGGCUUGUUCAACUUGUCUGUGCACGUCGAUUACCUGGGUUUGACAGGCCGGGUGCGGCAGUUCAACAGUAUCGAGCCGACCACGGAGCCACCUUCCUACGGUGACCGUGAUGGCGUGCAGCUCGUGCGGCAAAUCCAAGGGGGACGUGGGAAUGAAUUCGUCGAGCUGGCUCUCCGCACCAGUGAUGGCAUUGCCUGGUAUACGGAUUUGAUAUGGAGCCCAAGUGACAGCAGCAAGAGGGUGCCCUGCAGCAGUGGGACAUGUGACCUGACUGCUGCGUGGGUUCCUUCGGACCGUAUCAGCGCAUGCUUCCCUGGGACCGUGUUCUCGGUUGAGCUCGGUUGCGUCUCUUGCGAAGCUGGAAGAUUUGCUUCAGUAGGCAUGUUAGAGUGCGAGCCGUGCAAUGUCGGCACCUUUGCCAACGAGAGCAGAAUGGAUAGCUGUCGUCCAUGCAGCGCUGGAAGCUUCAGCAAC